AUGCUUGGAGGUUUAUUUGUUUAUAAUCAUAAAGGUGAAGUCCUAAUUUCAAGAAUAUAUAGAGAUGAUGUCAAUCGAAAUUCAGUUGAUGCAUUUCGUGUUAAUGUAAUUCAUGCUCGUCAACAAGUUAGGAGUCCUGUAACUAAUAUGGCUAGGACAUCAUUUUUUCAUAUUAAAAGAGGAAAUGUAUGGAUAUGUGUAGUAGCAAGGCAAAAUGUUAAUGCAGCAAUGGUUUUUGAAUUUUUAAAUAGAUUUGCUGAUACAAUGCAAUCAUAUUUUGAUGAAAUAUUAGACUUUGGAUAUCCACAAAAUACAGAUCCAGGUGUUUUGAAGACAUUUAUUACACAACAAGGUAUACGUACAGCGAGUAAAGAAGAACAAGCACAAAUAACAUCACAAGUAACAGGACAAAUUGGAUGGAGACGUGAAGGUAUCAAAUAUCGUAGAAAUGAAUUAUUCUUAGAUGUUAUUGAAUAUGUCAAUUUAUUGAUGUCACAACAAGGGCAAGUUCUUUCUGCUCAUGUUGCUGGUAAAGUUGCUAUGAAAUCAUACCUCAGUGGGAUGCCAGAAUGUAAAUUUGGUAUCAAUGAUAAAAUUACUAUUGAAGGAAAAGCUAAAUCAGGUAAUGAUGAUCUUUCAAAAAGUACCAAAGCUGCUGUUGGAUUGGAUGAUUGUCAAUUUCAUCAAUGUGUUAAAUUAACGAAAUUUGAUACAGAACAUGCAAUUAGUUUCAUUCCUCCAGAUGGUGAAUAUGAAUUAAUGAGAUAUCGUACUACUAAAGAUAUUCAACUUCCAUUUCGUGUUAUUCCAUUAGUCAGAGAAUCUUCUAGAAAUAAAAUGGAAGUCAAGGUUGUUAUUAAAUCUAAUUUUAAAACUUCAUUGCUGGCUCAAAAAAUAGAAGUGCGCAUUCCAACACCACCAAAUACAAGUGGUGUUCAAUUAAUUUGUAUGAAAGGAAAGGCAAAAUAUAAAGCUGGAGAGAAUGCAAUUGUAUGGAAAAUUAAACGUAUGGGAGGGAUGAAAGAGUCGCAAAUAUCAGCCGAGAUUGAUCUUCUUAAUACAGGUGCUGCUGAAAAGAAAAAAUGGAAUAAACCACCAAUAUCAAUGAAUUUUGAGGUUCCAUUUGCACCAUCUGGAUUAAAAGUUAGAUAUCUUAAAGUUUUUGAACCCAAAUUGAAUUAUUCAGAUCAUGAUGUAAUUAAAUGGGUUAGAUAUAUUGGUAGAUCUGGAUUAUAUGAAACUCGGUGUUAA